UCUGGCCGCGCGGGGAAUGAAUCGGUCAAUUUUAUGUUUCAACAGACCGUUACUUUGUAAUCUUACAUUGUUGUUUAUCAAUUUAUCAAUCAGAGCGAUAAAAAGUCCUAGCUCGCUAGAACCAUAGUACCCCGUCUUCAAUGGACCCUCAUGGUUUCCAUGCUUCAAAUGCUUCAAAUGAUUACUUCAACGGAGACGGCCUUGAGUUACAGUUACCUCAACAACAACUGAACAAUCAUCCUAUACAAUCAGGACCAAGGUCUUACAAGUCGCGCAAGUAUCGACCUUGUGAUUUCUGCCGAGCCCGUCAAGUAAGAUGCUCCAUAUCUUCUGCCCCGCCUUGUCAAUUAUGUACAUCGCAUGGAAAGAGUUGCACAUUUGUAGACCGGCCAAAGAAGAAGAGGAGGCCAAAUACUGCGACAGACAAUGGUGAUAAAAGUAGUGCAUCUACAACAACUACCCGUAUGUUAUAACAUUACACAAUAAAGACAAUGGUUUUCCUUUGGGGCAAUUCGCUGACUUGGGCGUCCGUGAAGCUACUGCUCCAUUGCAACAAUAUUGCUCCGCUGCUCAACUUAGUCCCAACUUUAUCGCACAAUAUAGCGAGCACAGCUUUCAAAGUUUGACUGGCCACGAUAUCUUGACUGAAUCAACCUCGUCUCCGGACCAACAUAUUCUUGUCCAAGAUGGCUCGCAUAUAUAUCCUUUGGACCCUUAUUUGGACAUGAUGCAAAGCACGCGAACAAGGCCCCUCAACUCACAGCAUUCAAGAUUUGCGAGAUUCGUUGGGAAAUCGGGUGAAUCAAAUCCAUACCUGCUACGCCAUUGUGGCUAUAAUGAAAACGAUGAAUGCACGAUAUCGAAGUUAACAUACCGGCCAAUCAAGAACUCCUCGACGCACAAUGACUUUUCAAAUCAGAGAGAGGAGCCGCCUGUGGUCUCCAUGCUGGCAGAUGAUAGCUCUUCACAGAAGGGGGAGCCAAGGGUAAAUGAUGAUGUUCUCGCUAGAGCAGAAGCAGAUUUGGGGGGUAUGUUCACGGAGCAGGAAGCGCUUCGUCUUAUAGGCCUUUUCUUCCGAUUUGUCUACCCCUAUUUUCCUAUUAUAUCUAAAAGCCAAUCCUUCCAAUCACCAGGUAUACUCUCACCUACGGUUGUGCAUACAUUUCCAUUUUCCUUAUUGUCAGCAAUGUACGCUACCGCCCUACCAUUCAUUCUAUAUGAUGAUAUUCUCUCCACGACUCUUGUACAUUCACCACCGUCAAUUCAUGAGUUGUUUCGCCUUUCCUGGCUCUUCGUUCAACAGGAGCUCCAUGCCCCACGGCUUUCAACAUUGCAAGCAUGCCUCUUACUGCUACAGAGAGCUCCCACAAAUCAAUACACGACAGAUACACCUUGGAAGACGAGCCUUGUGGGUUGGACAGUCAGUCUUGCUCAAACUCUGGGUCUGAUGAAGGAAUGCAGUGACUGGAGUAGUAUACCAGCAUGGGAAAUGCAUCUGCGGAAAAGACUAUGGUACGGCGUUUUCAUCGUGGACAAAUGGGCAUCUUUGAACGCCGGUACGCCCAGUCAUAUUCACGCUGAUGAUUUUGACGUCCUCCCACUUGAGGGUAACGACCUUAAAACAUUUACUCCCGACCCUAAUCAACCCAUCACGGAUUCAGAACCGACUUCAGAACACUUUCGGCUGCUGACCGAGCUGACCACCAUACUCAGCGACAUCGUUGAUUCAUACUAUACUCUGAGAGCAACACAACGUACAUCUAAGGAUCUCUCGCUGUCACUCGAACUAGCAAGACCCCUUCGCUCACGCCUCAAGGCUUGGAACGAUUCUUUACCUCCUUCUAUGCCUCUAAGACAACAUGAACAUCUUGAUUCACGUGGUGUAGCUCAAUUAAGCGGAAAUCCAUCACUUUCACUAGCCUACAUCAUUACAACCAUGACAUUAUUCCGGGCUCUCCUCCGACCCUUGGAAAAUUCUACAGGUGUAGAUGGAGAUACUACAAUCGGUAGCCGUUUAGCUGUUCGAGCCGGUGCUAGGGAAUGUGCCAAAGAAGUCGUCGAAUUUGUAGAAAAUCUUGGCAGAGGAGCUUUGGAUGCUUUUUGGCAUUCCUGUAAGUUCUGAUUACCUUCGUCCAUUCAUGGUCGCUAAUAUAAUUCAGGGUCUCGUGAAAACUUCGCAAUAGCCUCAUCAUUUCUCAUGCAGCUCCUCGUUACAUCCGAAAAUGAAACCGAAUCGGCAGAAAUCAACGAAUUGGUAACUCGUUGGAGGUGGGCCAUGCGUAUUAGUAGCAGCAGCGCUCGAAAUGGACUCAUGAGCUUGGGCUUACUGAGGUUGGAUGGUUUAUUAAUGAGGAAUGGUGGUGUGGAAGCAGGUGUAUGAAUACCGAGGACGAUGUAUUGAUAUUGCUUUGUGAUUGAAAUGCAAAAUGCUCGGCACGUACAAUUGUACCUUCGAGAAGGUCAUAAAUCACGCCACGGGCUAAUGACAGAACGGGAACUUGCAUGCUGAUUUUGGAGUGCGGUGUUAGGCGAGAUGUGAAAAAAUGGAAAAUUGCAAACAGAACUUGAAAAGGGGCGUGUUUCGGUCGAAUGAUAGGAAUACUGGUGUAUAUUUGAGACGGAUAUCUUGAUGAUGCUGACCAAGAGGUAAAUAUUGAUUCUUGAUCCAAGCAGCAUAUAUCGGAAGGAAAUUAAUAUUGAGAAUUUUAAAAUGUUUAUAUCCACACCAAAAUCAA